CGCCGAAGUUAGUAUAUCAUUUAUUUGUAAUUAAUAUCAAAUAAAAUGGUGUAAAAAUAAUGCGAUAUAGCAAAAAGAAAUAAUAAUGUAUUCCCUAUAAACAUAAAGUAAAUAAGGUUGUACCGAUUAAAGGUAUAAAAUCAUAAUAAAACUGCGCAACCGGUAACCUCAACGAUGAGCGAAUCAUCUUGUUAUAUCCUGGACAAUGGAGCUUAUACAGCCAAAGCUGGUUUCUCCACAAUGGAACCGAAAGUCGUCCCUAACUGCAUAAUGAAAGCUAAAUCUGAAAGACGUCGUCCUUUCGUUGGAUCGCAAAUUGAAGAAUGUCGUGAUGCGUCAGGUCUAUUCUACAUCUUACCGUUUCAAAAAGGGUUCCUUGUCAAUUGGGACACGCAAAAAACCAUCUGGGACUUCAUAUUUAGCAAAGAAUGUUGUCCAGUGAACUUUAGUGAGACUCCAUUGAUUAUUACGGAACCUAUAUACAAUUUUUCGUCCAUACAAGAAGCUAUAACGGAAAUAUUCUUUGAGGAGUAUGAGUGUCAAUCAUUGUUACGUAUAAACGCAACAGAUUUAGCUGAAUAUCACUAUAGGAAGACACAUAAUAAUGAAUGCACUGUUGUUGUUGAUUCGGGUUAUAGUUACACAUAUAUAGUACCUUAUAUUAAAGGUAAGAAAUAUAAGGAAGGUAUACGAAGGAUAGAUGUUGGUGGGAAAGUGUUAACGAAUCAUUUGAAAGAAAUUCUGUCAUAUAGACAAUUAAAUGUUAUGGAAGAAAGUUACGUAAUCAAUCAGGCGAAAGAGGACUCUUGUUUCGUAUCACAAGACUUCAUGGCAGACAUGGAAACAGCAAGACGGAAAGGAUCAAGUAAUACAAUUGUAAAAGAUUACGUCCUGCCCGACUACACGACAAUAAGAAGAGGAUACCUUCGAGACAUUGUCAAACCUGAUGAGGACCUCGAACAACAGACAUUACGUUUAAAUAAUGAACGGUUCUCUAUACCAGAGCUUCUAUUCAGGCCCUCAGAUGUGGGAAUACCACAGAUGGGGAUACCAGAAGCAAUAAUGCAUUCGAUUGAAGGAUGUCCAGAAGAAAACAAGGAGAGUUUGCUAGAAAAUAUAGUUUUGUAUGGUGGCAACACACUUUUUCCUGGUUUUCGUGAUCGAGUUUUCAAUGAAGUUAGGGCUUUUGCAUUGGACCAUUUUGAAGUUAAUGUCACUUUGGGGGAGAAUCCCGUAACUUAUGCAUGGGAAGGGGGGAAAUUGAUGUUUAGGGAUCCCGAUUUCUACUCAUUCUGUAUGACUAGAGAGGAAUAUGAAGAAGAAGGAAAAGCACUGGCGUUUGAGCGAUUUGACAUAUAACGGCGCAAACGAGCAAGGAAGUCUUCGGAGUAGACACUUUGCUCGGUAAACAAUAGUCGGAUGAAAUGUACGAGUGGGUUAUUUCGAAACAGGUCUGGGCUUGGCAUUUAUGGAGAGAAUUCACAGAGAGAACUGACAAUAAUGAAAGAUUUAUAAUAAAAUAUGGUCAAUCUUAUAUGCCAUACAAUAUUCAAACUAAUGGAAUAAAAUGGAAUGGUAAUAAAACAACAACAAUAGCAGUUAAUUUCAGUGAAAAUAAUGCUUUUAGGGAAUUUAACGCGAUCUAAGAUGGAACUAUGACGUCAAUAAAUAUCACCAACGCAGUAUUUAGUCAACGGUAUGUAGACGUAAUGCGUUAUUCUACUGAAUAAGAAGAGAAAUAUAGAAUAAUUAAGAAUCGGUAAAGAACGCCUCACGCACUUACUCAAAAGGCUAGCAGCGGGCCUGUUUUAAAAUGGAAAGAUGGGAAUUGAAUUAUCUGUAGUUCUGUAAACUUUAUAUUUGUAAAAAAUAUAAGAAAGUACAAUUUUUUAUAAAAACCAUGAUAGGUUUUUAUUUUUAUACAUUUUAACAACAUGAAAGCAGCCAAUAUUAAAUAUGACAAGUACUGAAAUUGUUAUAAUUUUAUAAACAAUAAAAUAAGUCCUUUAGUAACAGAGACAGUAUCCUUUUUUUAUAAAAGCAUUUUGCACUUGUCUUUAAUUAAUGGUCUUAGAGAAUAAGGAAAUAAAUAAAACAACCAAUAAUGAAUAUUAGCUCAAUUAAUUUAUUAGUGCACCAAAGCAUUCACCUUGAAACAAUUCAUAAAAUUCAAUUCAACAAACAAAUACAUGUGACGAAUCCAAGUCAAACACAGCUAUUACUAAUAAUUUUUUUACAGAGU